AUGCGUGUGGUUGACGGCCUAUGUUCAGGUUACUGGAUCUGUAAGGGGCCCCCUGGGAGAUCCCAGAGGCCAAAGGACAGUGAUAUAGUACUCUUGUGGAUUCACGGAGGAGCUUACUGCUUUGGUGACCCACUGGGUGCGGCUCUGACGCUUCUUAGAGUCGCCGAACGUGCAGCGGAGCAGAGAGUCUCGAUUAGUAUAUUCACGGUGGAGUAUACGCUAGCACCGUUCGCUAGAUUCCCGCUUCAGCAAAAUGAGGCUGUAGCAGCGUACCGCUAUCUUCUAGAGGUGGAAAAGAUCGAGGCCAGUAAUGUUAUCAUCGCAGGAGAGUCUGCAGGUGGACAUCUGUCUCUCUCUUGCCUACUUGCUCUGGCAGAAGCGAAGCUCCCCAAACCGCUUGGAGCGUUGCUUCUCUUUCCUUGGGUCAACUUGAAAAAUAGCGCGCCUUCGUUCAGAGCCAACAAGAACAAAGAUGUUCUCAAUAAAUAUCUACUGGAUCGCUGCGUGGAUCUGGUCGUUGGCAAAGACCGGAACAUGAAUACUCCCGCUCGUGAAAUCUUGGAUCUGACGAAACCAUUGAGCGAUGGGCGACUUUGGAGCCAUGUGCUGCCCAUGCAUUCCUGGAUCAAUGUUGGAAGUCAUGAUAUCUUCCUUGACGAUGUUCGACAUUUUGUUCAGCAAGUACGGGCUGACGGAGCUGUCGUUGACUUGGAGAUUGCGUACGGAGAGCCCCACGGUUGGCAAUUUACUGCCAAUGAGUCUUCUUUCAAUCACUACUGCAGUCUUCAACCUGAUCAGGAUGUUCCUCCUGGGAUGAUGCCCGGCAGCGAGAAUAUCCUCAAGGGUGCUUUCGCGAUACUCAGGAGCUGCGGACGAAUAGAGGAGUCGUUGGCGUAG